AUUGGGCGGGAUUGGGUGCUUCCAGGUGGAUUUUGAGCAUUUUUGGGCUGGACAUCAUCAGUCUCACCUGGCAACCGUGCAGUUGCACUAGUCCCAGGCUUGCUGAGGGUUGCUUUCGUGACUGGAACAGACUCGAAACAGCCUGAUGGAUUUAAACGAUGAUGGCCUGUGGGGUUUUCUUCGGGAACGCGGAGUCUCCGAAGAUGGAAUCAGCCAAAUGCAAGCCGACAAGAUUGAUGCAUUUGCCAUUCAAGACAUAGAUGAUGCAUCCCUUGCAUGUUACAUACCACUCUACGGGGACAGAAUUGCCACAAGGCGAUACUGCAUGGACAAACAAAAAAGGAAGGAAAAUGAACCAUUGAGGAUGUCACUUCUAGAUAAACUGCAAAAGAGAAUGAGGACCGGUGCAACAAGUCAUGGUGAGACAUCAGAACCAGGAGCUUCCUCUCUUGGGCUAAGAAGAUCUACUACCAAAAAUGCGGUCAAGAACACACGAAAAAUUGAGCUGGGUUGGAUCCAUGAGGGCAAACAAGUAAGGAAGCGAUGUGGUGGAGGCACCAGGGUUCUUGAUGUGAACAAGACUGCAACUAAAAUGGAUUUACUCUCUCUUGCGAAGGAACUGUUUUUUCCAAACGGAGAGUCUAAAAAAGGAAACUGGGAAGACUUAAUUCACAAUGUGUAUGAUUUCAAGGAAUGCGAACUUGAUGACCACACAGAUGUUGGUGAACUGUACGAAUUGUCGAAGUUUGGGAUGUUGCGCUUUUACUUACACACAGCAGUCCAACCACAAGAAGCAGAAACGGACAAGGAAGAUGACAGUGCCCUGAGUGACACUCCCACAGAGCAGGACACACAAAGUGCCCUGAGUGACACUCCCACAGAGCAGGACGCACAAAGUGCCCUGAGUGACACUCCCACAGAGCAGGACAUACAAAUCUCUGUUAUCCACUUUGAAAAUUCAUCUGGCUAUGAAUUCGUAGAUCUUCGGUCCCUAUCUCCAAUGUCUGAUCCAGAAGUAUUCUUUGGGCUAGGAGAAGGCACUCCUUCUGAAGGCCAACUGGAUGACACAAUUCCACUUGUGCUUAACAUCGACUCCCCUGUGACCUCUACCUUUCUACAUCCACCUGAUGACAUUACCACAUCCGUACCACUUGCCUCAACACCUCUUCCUGUGCCAAUGUACGAGAUUCAAUCUUUAAAUUCUGAAACACCAUCAAUGCGAAUAACACUUCACAAGGCUAAUCUAUGAAGACACUCUUUGAGUCAUUUCGGAUGUACUUAAGUCAGUCUGAGAGAGAUGUUAUUGACAUGGCUUUAAAUGAAGACCUUGACGGUGAGUCCCAGGAUGAACUCCUGGAUAUACUUGAUAGGCUGGGAGUGAAAAUCGUUCCAAAACGUGAAAAUCUCAAAGCAGUACUCCUUCAAGCGGCACAUAAGCAGAUGAUCCAGGAGCCAAAAUAUGCUCUCGACAAUAUAUCAGCAGUUGCUGGUAAAUGCCUGAAGACCACCAUAAACACACCAGAACAACUGGAAGCCAUGUAUACGGACAAAAAUCCAACGUGCCGGAAAGUCCUGAAGCUCAUUGAAGCCCAUCCAGUCUCUGCUGCAGAGAAACAAGCCUUCAAAUUUUUCCAGCAGUACAUCCGUGGAUUACACGAUACAGGAUUAAGAAAACUGUUGAGGUUCAUAACUGGCUCUGACAUUAUAUCUGUAUCAAAAAUUGAAGUACUUUUCACCAAUGUAGCAGGACUGUCCCGUCGACCAGUUGCGCACACUUGUGGAGCAGUCUUGGAGCUACCAUUCACUUACAACUCCUACCCUGAUGGAAGAUGGAAGCAGUACUUUCCAGCAAUUACUUGCAAAUGGACAUUAUGUAGUUGCAUGAGGUGUAGCAAGCCAAUAGAGCACCAGAAUCAAAGUGUCUGUUCUUCAUUGCAUGUUCCAAUAAGUUUGCUUUAUGUAGUACACAGAUGUGCCUGAUACAAGAACAAGUACUAUCAGAAAACACUAGUAGAGGUCAACUGUAUGACAUGUAGUAUUGUGCUUGGCGGUUACACUGAUCCAUUACUUAAGGUACCUUUUCAUGAAUGCGUUGGCCUGUUACUUGACCUUGACUUGACCUUUUUUUCAGCAUUGAUGCGUAAAUGCCCACACUGUUUCUGCCUAUAUGCAGAUUUCUUCAGUUUUGUUUGUCUGUUCUGUUCGUCAUUGCAUGUUCCAGUAAGUAUUUUGUACAUAGUAUUCUUUAAUACAUAGUAAACAUAUUUGCCUGAUACGAGGACAACUACUAUUAGCAAACACUGCUAUGAAUUUAGUAUUGUGUUACUUGCAAGUCUUUUCUCUUUUUUUGAUGAAUGCAUUUAACACUUAUUUGACACUCCUUUGGAAUGUAUUCUUUUACGCAUUGGUGUGUUAAUGCCCACCCUGUUUCAGCCUAUACUGUAUGUGCACAUUUCUUAUACUCUAAUACCAUUAUAUGUGUUCAAUUGGGGGUAUUAUGUGUUGUAUACCUUUUGGGGGUAUUAUGUGUUGUAUACCUUUAACAUAUAUUUUCUAUAUUAUUUUGAUAAAGCAAUUUCUACCCUGUUUCUGAACAUAGUUGACACGAACUGUAAUGCCCUGACCGGUUGACGCGGCUUUUGGAAAAUGUAUUUUUGGCAUUGCUGUUUUAAGUGUUCAUUGUUGACAGCUGUUUAAAUGCCUGUCACUUGAAGUGCCUGAAUAAAUGGCAGGCUCCAGACACA